UUCGAGCAUAUGUUCGAAAUAGAUAUGCUCGAAAUAGUUCAUCAUCGCCUUCAGGCUUCCAUGUCGGGCUGCCAUAUUUUACUUCACACGCUCCUUUCUCUCCCUUGAAUAUUUUAUCUUUAAAAUAAGGAAAAAGAAGUUCACGGGCUCCACCAAUGGGAGAAGCACAAUUAUUCAGGUUGGCAUUUGGUGGGGCUACACUGGACCUCGCGCACAGUCACCGACAGCAGCAUCAUCUCUAUAAAAGUUGCUGUAUCUGGAGUUCGAACUGGAGUGGACGACGAUCAUCGUCAGUAUCGAGGUUGAAGAAGCACGGUCUUCUUGGUUCGGAGGGCCUCUUCAGGAAGAAUAGGCUUGGUAAGGAGUUAAUUAGUAGAGGGUUGACAUCUAAAAUGGCUGAUUACAAAGAAAAGACUGCAGAUGUCACUUCAGGGGAUAUGAUAUUUCAACCUAUACUGGAAGAUGGAAUCUUUCGAUUUGAUUGUUCUGCAAAUGAUAGAGAUGCAGCAUUUCCUAGUUUAUCUUUUAUAAACAGCAAGGAUAGGGAUAAACCGAUUACAGGUCACAAGGUGCCCCUAUAUACCCCAACAUUUGAAUUUCCUUUUGGGAGGCAGAUCGUUAAAAUUGAGCUUCCUGCUGGCACCUCCUUUUAUGGAACUGGAGAAGUUAGUGGACAACUUGAGCGGACGGGAAAGAGAGUUUUUGCUUGGAACACGGAUGCAUGGGGUUAUGGUCCUGAAACUACGUCCUUGUACCAGUCUCAUCCUUGGGUGCUAGCUCUUCUUCCCAAUGGAGAGGCAUUGGGAGUUCUUGCUGACACAACACAACGUUGUGAGAUUGACCUCAGGAAGGAAUCGACAAUACAAUUUGUUGCUCCAUCCUCAUAUCCAGUUAUUACAUUUGGUCCAUUUUCUUCACCCACUGAUGUCUUAAGAUCUUUGUCUCAUGCAAUUGGAUCCAUAUUUAUGCCCCCAAAGUGGUCACUAGGCUAUCACCAAUGUCGUUGGAGCUAUGACUCAGAUAAAAGGGUUCUUGAGAUUGCCAAUACAAUGCGGGAGAAAGGCAUACCUUGUGAUGUCAUAUGGAUGGAUAUCGAUUACAUGGAUGGCUUUCGUUGUUUCACUUUUGACAAGGAUCGUUUUCCAAAUCCAAAGUCUUUGGUAAAUGAUCUUCACCUGAAUGGUUUCAAAGCUAUCUGGAUGCUUGACCCUGGAAUCAAACAUGAAGAGGGCUAUUUUGUCUAUGACAGUGGUUCCAAAAGUGAUGCCUGGAUUCAAAAAGCAGAUGGAAGGCCAUUUGUUGGGGAGGUAUGGCCUGGGAAUUGUGUUUUCCCUGACUUUACACAGUCAAAAGUUCGUUCCUGGUGGGCUACAUUAGUUAAAGAUUUCGAAUCUAAUGGCGUUGAUGGCAUAUGGAAUGAUAUGAAUGAACCAGCUGUUUUUAAGUCUGUAACAAAAACGAUGCCUGAAAGCAAUAUCCAUAAGGGAGAUGAUGAGCUUGGAGGUUGUCAGAAUCACUCUCAUUACCACAAUGUGUAUGGCAUGCUGAUGGCAAGAUCAACAUAUGAAGGCAUGAAGUUAGCAAAUGAAAAUAAGCGACCUUUUGUUCUCACCAGAGCUGGAUUUACUGGUAGCCAAAGGUACGCUGCAACCUGGACAGGAGAUAACCUUUCAAAUUGGGACCACCUUCACAUGAGUAUCUCCAUGGUACUUCAAUUGGGACUUAGUGGUCAGCCACUUUCGGGACCUGAUAUUGGUGGGUUCGCUGGAAAUGCAACACCCAUGCUUUUUGGAAGGUGGAUGGGCAUAGGCGCUAUGUUUCCUUUUUGCCGUGGGCAUUCUGAAACUGGCACCAUUGACCAUGAACCCUGGUCUUUUGGGGAAGAGUGUGAAGAAGUUUGCCGCCUGGCAUUGAUAAGGCGCUACCGCCUUAUACCAUACAUAUACACUCUGUUCUAUCUGGCUCAUACAGUGGGUACUCCGGUGGCAAUGCCUACUUUUUUCGCUGAUACAAAAGAUCCCAACUUAAGGAAGCUUGAAAAUUCUUUUCUUUUGGGUUCAAUUUUAGUUUAUGCAAGCACGAUGCGUGAUCAAGGGCUGGAUAAAUUGGACUGUACAUUACCCAAUGGAACUUGGCUCCGCUUUGACUUUGAUGACUCUCAUCCGGAUUUGCCAGCUUUAUAUUUACAAGGUGGAUCAAUUAUACCUUCUGGUCCUCCUCAUCAACAUGUUGGUGCAGCUAGUCCUUCAGAUGACUUGACACUUCUUGUGGCUUUAGAUGAACAUGGGAAAGCUGAAGGUGUUCUUUUUGAAGAUGAUGGCGAUGGGUAUAAAUUCACAAGAGGUGAAUAUCUGUUGACACACUAUGUUGCUGAAAUUCAGGCGUCAGUUGUUACUGUGAGAGUUUCAAAAACUGAAGGAUUAUGGAAGAAGCCAAAGCGUCGGCUGCAUGUGCAGUUAUUGCUUGGCGGAGGUGCAAUGCUUGAAUCGUGGGGCAUGGAUGGAGACGUUCUUCAGAUUAUGAUGCCCUCAGAACAGGAAGUAUACAAGUUGGUUUCUGCCAGUGAAAAGAAAUACAGGACUUGUUUGGAAAGUGCUAAGCGCAUUCCAGAUGCAGAAGAGGUUUCUGGGCAACGAGGAAUAGAACUUUCAAGGACUCCCACUGAAUUGAAAAGCGGUUGUUGGAUUCUGAAAGUGGUUCCUUGGAUAGGGGGUAGAAUUAUUUCAAUGGCACACCUUCCCUCGGGUACGCAAUGGCUCCACAGCAGGGUUGAUAUUAAUGGAUAUGAAGAAUAUAGUGGCACUGAGUUCCGCUCUGCUGGAUGUUCUGAGGAAUACAGUGUCAUUGAGCAAAAUCUUGAGCGUGCAGGAGAGGAUGAAUCAAUUAUGUUGGAAUGUGAUAUUAGUGGUGGAUUGAUUCUUCAACGGAAAAUAUACAUUCCAAAGAAGAAUCCAAAGAUUUUCCAAAUUGACUCUAGCAUUAUUGCUCGUAAAGUUGGUGCUGGUUCUGGUGGGUUUUCAAGACUUGUGUGCUUAAGAGUACACCCAAUGUUCACCCUCUUGCACCCUACAGAAUCUUUUGUGUCAUUCACUUCCAUUGACGGGACAAAGCAUGAAGUGUGGCCAGAAUCUGGGGAGCAGUUUUAUGAAGGGAAUCAACUACCUAAUGGUGAAUGGGUGCUCAUUGAUAAAUGUAUCGGCUUGGGGCUAGUCAAUCGGUUUAAUGUGAACGAGGUUUUAAAGUGUCUCGUCCACUGGGGGACAGGGACAGUAAAUCUGGAGCUUUGGUCGGAAGAUAGACCUGUUUCAAAGCAAUCUCCUCUCAGCAUCUCCCAUGAGUAUGAGGUGAUAGAAAUCCCAUAGUUGAAAUCUGAUGUGGGGGGACCAUGGGCUUAGGUCUCUGUUUAAAGAUUCUAAACUGUAUGUCUCAUAAUGAGCUUGACAUUUAACCUGCAUCGACUUAAUCAAGUAUCUUAUAAUAUCCUUUUUUGCA